AUGAACAAAUUAAUUAAAAUCAUUGUAAUUUUUACAAUUAUUGUAAAUGUAAUUAAUGGUUUAGCAUAUCCAAAAUAUAAUGCAGAAGAAUUAAUAUUGGAUGGUAGUGGUAGUUUCCCAGCACAAUGGUUCACUCAAACAUUAGAUCAUUUUAAUUUUCAAAAUAAUCAAACAUUUCAACAAAAAUAUUAUGUAAAUGAUCAAUAUUAUAACUAUAAAAAUGGUGGACCAAUCAUUUUAUACAUUAAUGGUGAAGGUCCAGUUAGUUCACCACCAUAUUCUUCUGAUGAUGGUGUUGUAAUUUAUGCUCAAGCAUUAAAUUGUAUGAUUGUUACAUUAGAACAUAGAUUUUAUGGUGAAUCAUCACCAUUUUCAGAAUUAACAAUUGAAAAUUUACAAUAUCUUAGUCAUCAACAAGCAUUGGAAGAUUUAGCAACAUUUGUUGUUGAUUUUCAAAGUAAACUUGUUGGUGCAGGUCAUAUUGUUACAAUUGGUGGAUCAUAUAGUGGAGCAUUAUCAGCAUGGUUCCGUAUAAAGUAUCCACAUAUUACUGUUGGUUCAAUUGCAUCAUCAGGUGUUGUACAUUCAAUUUUAGAUUUCACUGCAUUCGAUGCCUAUGUAUCAUAUGCUGUUGGUCCAGAAUGUACAAAAGCACUUCAAGCUGUAACUAGUGCUGCUGAAGAUGAAUAUUUUGCUGGAGGUAUUAGAGAACAACAAAUGAAACAAAUACUUCAAGCUGAAUCAUUGGUUGAUAUUGGUGAUUUCUUUUAUUGGUUAGCCGAUUCGAUGAUGGAGGGUGACCAAUACGGCUACAUAGAUGAAUUAUGUAGUCCAUUGGUUGACGCUAUCAAUAGCGGUACCAGUGGUAUCGAUUUGAUUACAGUCUACUCCAAUUACACUAUCAACACUUGGGGUAAAGUUUUAGGUACUCCAGAUGAAUAUUCAACAGCUUGGCAACAAAAUGUCACCUAUGACCCAUCAAAGAGUGCCGAUAGAGCUUGGUGGUAUCAAACUUGUAGUUCAUUAGGUUGGAUGCAAGCUGCACCAUCUGAAAAUUCAAUUAGAUCUUCAUUGGUAAAUAUGACCUAUUUCCAAACUCAUUGUCAACAAUUAUUCGGUCAAGCCAUUUGGCCUCCAAAUGUAAAUGCUGUAAAUACUCAAUACGGUGGUGAUCAAUCAAAUCCAUUAUUGAAUGCAGCUGGUACUAAUAUUUUAUUCACCAAUGGUCAUGCUGAUCCAUGGAGUCAAGCUUCAAUCGUAAAUUCAAAUUAUCCAAAUGUUGAACCCUCUGCAAUGACCACUUGUCGUAAAUGUGGUCAUUGUGUAGAUUUAAGAGGUUGUCCAGGUGGUUGUGAUUUACCAAAUAAUUUAGAUCAAGUUAGAUCACUUUCAUUAAAAUCAAUUGCACAAUGGUUAAAUUUAAAUAAUUAA